UAGUAAGACCCAAGACUUUGUUCUCGAUCCUAUUUGCUUGAUACUUGGGACCGGCCCAUGCGUUCAAUCGCGAGUUCGAUCGAAUCACUGAAUCUCUCGAGUCCCAAACCACAGGGUCUAGUAUAUUUCCUUGGUGACCGUCUCUCCGACUCACGGGUCAGAGCGGAAUCUGAUUCAAUGGCUGCGAGAUACCAUCUAGCGAUUCGCGAUUCGUGUCGCUCUCCGUCGCGCAAUAUUAUGUUCGAAUGACCGGGCGUCUGAGGUUCGCCGACACGCGCCAGCAGAUCCAGCUGAUGCAAAAGAAUCGAACAGCAUUAGUCAUGGCGCAGGACCCAUCACCGUCCGUGUGCGCGUGCAACAGACACCGCGGUCGCAGUGCGCUGAUGGAGUGAUAGCACGACAGCACCGCUGUACUGACUGCGGGAGAUCUGGAUCCGGUCCGUAGUUCGCGGUGCAGCGUGGGCCAUGAGCGGUCCCAGAGCGGUCUAAAAUACUAGGCCCACUCCGAUAGACAGGCCCAAGUGCUAUUCAUUGGUCGCGGGAAGACAGGAGGCAGGCCAAGCCCACCCUACAUCCACGAUUGUUCGAAUAUCACACAAACGGAUUGAGAAACGAGGUCUGAUAGACAUCGGCGAGUUUGAGGAUGCCGCGCGGCUGCAGUCGUGCUUUCCAGAUCACAGAUUGAGAAGUCGGCCAGUGCAAGCCUUGCGGCCUAAAGAGCAGCUGUUCUG